UCGAGGUCUGUGAGAUCUGCAAAAAACCAAAUAGAGAGAGAGAGAGCAUCAGAAAGAAAGUGAGAGAAACUGGAAGAGAAAGUGCGAGAAAAUACGAAAAUAAAAAUAAAGAGGAAAAGGGAGGAAGGGGUUUCAUCGUUUGGAUCUAUCUCUCUUUCUUUCUCCGCCUGCCUGCCUGCCUGCCUGCCUAAGCUAUCUUCUUCUUCUUGAAUCUUCAACAUGAGGAUCCGCAAGAACGCAAAGCUCUCACCCUCCUGGUUCUCGCACGCUUCAGCUCCCGAGGCCCUACAGACGCACGUGUGCCAGCUCAACCAGUCGCCGUGGGAUGCGAUUCCCUUUGCGCAAGACUCAAGCCAGCUCGACGGAGAAGAAGAUAGCUUCACAGGAAAUGCCAGCCUCGCCGAUUCUAUCGGAGCUGUCGAGAGCGUUUCGUCCAUGAUGGACGCCGUGGCAGCCAAGCCCGACGAAAUGGCUGUCUACGAUAACGAUAAAGUCGAGAAGCGAGCAAAUGCGUUCGAACAACGAGCAAGAGAGAAUGAAUUUGGGUUCGAAAAUACCAACAAUAAUAUCAGUUCUACUAGUCCUAGCUUCCGGAGAGCCCCGGCAGCCGCGGCUGCUGCUGCUGCGGCUGCUGCAGCCGGAGCUCGCCGCGCCCGAGCUCGCGCGGCGAAGAAAGGUUCCUCCUCCUCCUCCAACCCUUACGAAUACUAUUACUAUUCUGGGUUCGGGCCGUUAUGGGGUAGGAAAAGAGGCGAUAGAGGAUUAGGCGGCGCGGCGGAUGCGAGCAAGAGCAACGAAGCCGCCAAACUUGUCGACAGCGUAACCAUUAACACUACUCGAAGCAGCAGCACUCCAUCCUCCUCUUCGCAAAUCGAUAACAAUGACGAUUUCGACUAUGUGGAUGACGACGACGACGAUGACGACGAAGACGACGCCAACGGCGACAGCGGGAAGAAGCGGAUGCGGAAGCCGGUGAAAGCGCGAUCGCUCAAGUCCCUGAUGUAAAUGGAAAAUGCUUGUGGCUUUUGUUGUUGAAAUGUGUUGAGAUUAUCGUAAAUUUGUUUUUGUCUUGUGGGUUUGCUAGUAUUUUAGGGUUAGGGAAUUUUUAAGAUAAUUUUCGGUUCACGGUUUUGUUGUGUUUUGUCGUGGGUGAGGUUAGGUUUCCCCCUGCAACAUGACAGUAGAGCAGUUUUUCUAGGGUGUGAGUCGGGUGGACCAAGGGAUCGUGUUAGUCAAAUGCUUUGAAAUGUAAGGGUGGUUCAGUCAUUUCCUUCCUUCCCUUUUCAACGAUGUGCAUAGAAACUUUUCGGU